AUGACACAAGCACCGAGCCGAGGUGCGCUUGGCAUGUUUGGGGCGGUCAAUGACCCAUCUGUUGUCCCAGAAUGGAUGAAUACGUCGAUUCAGACCGGCCUAGAGCCUGGGCACUCGACUAUUCCUGACUCAGGGCGGUCGCUUGAUCUUGUCUUUAUCAUCGAUGCAACGGGUUCUAUGGGAUCAUAUAUCAACUCGGCGACACGAAAUAUCGAAUCCAUCUGCGACAAUAUUGUCCAGUCCGAGUUUCUUUCCACGAAAGGAGCACUUCGUGUAGGCCUGAUUGCAUACCGCGAUCAUCCUCCGCAGGAUCAUGUUUAUAUUGUGAAAAACUUCGGAUUUACGACAUCCGUACUCGAGAUGAAAGAAAAUCUAAACAGUCUAUUUGCUGCAGGUGGUGGUGAUGGGCCAGAAGCGACCACUGCUGCCUUGAAGGCUGCCACUGAUCUUGAUUGGCGCUCUUCAGCCGCGAAAAUGGCCAUUCUCAUUACGGAUGCGCCGCCGCAUGGCAUUGGUGAGUAUGGCGACGGGUUUCCAAAUGGGUCCCCAGAUGGAGAAGAUCCACUGGUCCUCGCACGAAAAAUGUCGGCCAUGGGCAUUCCGCUCUUUGUGGUCGCAUGUGAGCCAGCUUUGUCAGGAUACCAGCAUGCUGUGGACUUUUACCAAGGCAUUGUGAACGUGACAGGUGGCAUGCUGGUGCCGCUUACGACUGCCUCUCUACUAAGCCAGGUGGUGAUUGCUGCAGCUGGUGAAGUGAUGGACAUGGAGCGAUUGCAUCGGGAGGUGGGCGAUUCUGUGCUGGAGUUAAUGCGCAACCUAAGUCUGACGAUGGGCAACGAGGCCAGCAAUGACCCUGCGUCUGCGACUGAGCGGCUAGUGGAUCAAGUGUCCGCGGAGCUGCAUGAGAAGCUUCUGCUGCGCAAUGAAAGUACUAAGCAGCUCAUCAUUGAAAGCAUUUACCGUGAGAGUGAAGAAUCUGCGCACAAUAUCCGGGUAUGGUCGCAAGCGCCUGAUGUGUUCUCAGCCCGCCCCCAUAUUCGGAAGGUGAUCGGAUCACGACUCAGUCAGAAGUUUAUUGAGAUGCGACGUCAGGCGGCCCAGCAUGGUGGGCACGUGCCUCUCCGCUUCGGAUCAUUGUCGCCGAAGAGUACAAGGUCCGGCGCACCUUCCUCAUCUUCGUCGACACGACAGAUUGUAUCGCAAUUCCACGCAUUUGAGGCUCGGCCUGGUAUGAGUCUUCAUGGAUCGAGUGGCGCUACAACAGAUUACGCGCGUUUUGGCUCCGAUGGCUACCGCACGUCCUCUGCCGACGAUAUGGACGAUGAUGGGGACGAUGCAGUGAUGGCUGACAGCCAUGUGGAUAUGGGCACACAGGGCUUGUCGGAACAUGAUAUCCUAUUUGAAGGCGACGAUGGUCAGCGCCUAGCCUUCCGACAUGAUGCCAUCUCCCUCUCGCAAGCACGACGAUUGGCAAUGCAGACGUUGUCGCGUGCGUCCUAG